AUUCCCGUGCUCUUCCCACCCCCGCACCACCACCACCACCCCCAUCACAAACCGCACCGGCGCCGCGAAGCCAAACCGCCAGAGCAUUUCCCCCCCGCGCGCGCCGCGCCACGCCACGCCACGCCACGCCGCGCCACGGUGGUCUAGUAGUACGAUCUCCUUCUCCCCGCGCGCCUCGCUCGCUGCCGCUGCUGCCCUGCCCCGUGGAGGCCGCGAGACACGCUCCCGCGGCGAGCGGGCGUCCCCAGGCUGCACAGGCAUCCCGCCCCCCCCCCCCCCCCCCCCCGCGCGCGCGGCGCGCGCGGCGUCCCCGAUGCUCGACCACCACCGCACGAGGGCCGGUUUAUGGGCGGCCGCGCCCGCUCCAUCCUACGCUGGCUCCGUCACCACCGCUCCCGCCGCGUCUCCUCCUCUUCCUUCCAUCUGACCACCACCGGUGACGACACCGUCAAGGAUCUCCACGACCCGCGGCGAGAGGACGCGGAGGGCGACGGGUGGGAGGAGGUCCACGAGGGCCCCGAGUCCGACCCCGAGGAGUACAUUGCGUUGGUGUCGGAGGACGCGGGCACGCACCUGCCGGUGCGCACGGAGCCGCGACGCAUGGAUCCGAGCAAGAAGGAACCUGACUUCUUCACUGAAUAUGGUGAAGCAAACCGGUAUAAAGUCAGUGAAGUCAUUGGCAAAGGGAGUUAUGGUGUUGUGGCUGCCGCUGUCGACACCCAGACCGGCGAGCGAGUGGCGAUCAAGAAGAUCAAUGAUGUUUUCGAUCAUGUCUCUGAUGCCACCCGCAUCCUUAGGGAGAUUAAGUUGCUCCGGUUGCUGCGUCACCCAGACAUAGUUGAGAUCAAGCACAUAAUGCUUCCUCCUUCAAGGAGGGAAUUCAGGGACAUUUAUGUAAUCUUUGAGCUAAUGGAGUCAGAUCUCCAUCAGGUAAUAAAAGCAAAUGAUGAUCUCACACCAGAGCAUCACCAGUUUUUCUUGUAUCAGCUGCUCCGGGGAAUGAAGUACAUUCAUGCAGCAAGUGUUUUCCAUCGGGAUCUUAAGCCCAAGAAUAUUCUAGCCAAUGCUGAUUGCAAGCUGAAGGUUUGCGAUUUCGGCCUUGCCCGAGUGUCAUUUAACGAUACCCCAUCAGCCAUAUUCUGGACGGAUUAUGUGGCAACUAGAUGGUAUCGUGCCCCAGAGUUGUGUGGCUCCUUUUUUUCAAAGUACACCCCUGCAAUUGAUAUUUGGAGUGUAGGAUGUAUAUUUGCAGAGCUGCUUACAGGAAAGCCACUCUUUCCAGGGAAAAAUGUUGUGCAUCAAUUGGAUCUCAUGACUGAUCUACUUGGCACUCCUUCAGCAGAAUCCCUUGCUAAGAUACGGAAUGAGAAAGCUCGACGAUACCUGAGCAACAUGAGGAAAAAGCCUCGGGUUCCUUUUACUAAAAAAUUUCCAGGUGUGGAUCCUAUGGCUCUCCAUUUGCUUGAACGCCUUCUUGCUUUUGAUCCCAAAGAUCGUCCAAGUGCAGAAGAGGCCCUGACAGACCCCUACUUUAAUGGGCUAGCAAACUCUGAACGCGAACCAAUAGCACAGCCUAUCUCAAAGCUUGAGUUUGAGUUCGAGAAGAGGAAAUUGGCCAAAGAUGAUGUCCGGGAAUUAAUUUACCGAGAGAUUUUAGAGUAUCAUCCCCAUAUGCUGCAAGAAUAUUUGCGCGGGGGAGACCAGAUGAGUUUCAUGUAUCCUAGUGGGGUGGAUCGCUUCAAGCGUCAAUUCGCUCAUUUGGAGGAAGGAGUUUCAAAGGGUGAAAAAUCCAGUCCACAGCUUCGGCAGAAUGCUUCCUUACCAAGGGAAAGAGCAAUUGGUAACAAGCAUGGAGAUGACGAGUACCACGCAAAGCUGAAUGUAGGCGAGAAGCCAUGCCAUGCAUCAGUGACAGACGGCAUUAGCAAACCGCUCAUGAGUGCUCGGAGCUUGUUGAAGAGUGAAAGCAUAAGCGCUUCCAAGUGUAUUGGUGAAAAACCAAAGCAAGACAGAGAUCAGGAGGAUUCCCUUACAGAGAGCAUGGACGAAACAGCUGAUGAGGUCUCAGAAAAGGUUGCUCAACUGAAAACCUGAUGAUUCCCGUCAAGGUCACAGAAUCGAUCGGAGUUAGUACAACAGCAUGUGUAUAGAUGCCCUUCCCCAGAAGACGAGAAUCCCAGAUCAGGACGGUCUUAACCAUGAUAAAGAGUCUACAACUAAUAAUACCACAAGUUGUUUUGGUAACCUCUGUUGUACUGUAAAUUUUUCCCCCUUCAGUUUUGUGUUUUGACAGCAAACAACUGUCUAACUGACUGGUUAGUUCCUCGUCUUUUCCUCGAUGGGACAAUCACCGAUCCUGUAAAAUUUCCUUUCUUUUGAUGACAGAAUCAUACACUGUUUCUAUGAUAUAUUCUAAAAUUUUGCAGUCAAUACAAAGAGAUAAUACAUCCCAGUUUUUACA